AAAUUCCCACCUUCGUUUCAUCAUACUAGAUGGCAGCACAAUCAAUCGCUAUUUUCAAACUAUAUUGAUUAGGCAGAAAUUUUUAUUUUUAGUAGUUUGUUGUGGAAAACAUGUAUUUUCAUCUGAUUUACUUACUAAUUACCCCCAUUUUUGCAGUAGAAGAAAAUGUUCUAUUGACUGAAGUAUUCACUAUUACUUUGGAUCCUUUAUUAUUUAAUUGGACGUAUGAAGGUGAUCCUGACCAAUAUGUUUAUCAAGCAUCUCUUCUGGAUUCCCCAGAUCUACCUUCAUGGAUAAAAUAUGUUUUUAGCGAAAAACAUAAGAAAGGGUUUUUGUAUGGUGUACCGCCAAAUAGAAACAUGGCUAAGAUUCCGCUUCAAGUAGUUGCAUUAAAUACAAAAAAUUAUGAUACGAGGAUUAGAUACAUAAAUAUUCAUAUCUCCGAAAAAUUGAAUCCAGCAAAGUUCGAAGUUUUGAUGAAAAUCGAUAAUGUUAAUGUUGAAGAUAUAUUUGAUGUUGAAAGGAUGGAGAGCUUGAGAGAUAUUUUUAGAAAACAUUUAUGGAAAGAUAGCGAAAAUGAUCUCUAUGUUACUUAUCUAGAAUCUGCUACUGAAUUGGGAGCAAGGAAACCAUUAGAUCCCGAUCAAGAAGAGGGAAUAGUCAUAAGACUGGGAAGUCAGUCACCAUUUUCAAAGAAUUUAAAAGAUUUAGAAGAUGAGGUCAGACCACUUUGGAAAGGAUGGAAGUCCUGUCCUAGAAAUUUCAAAAAAACAUCAGUGGAGAGAUAUUUCAGAGAUGCAAGAGUUACUCUAGACUGGUGUGCAUUCAGAUUGAUUGAUCCAAAUAAUUCUGCAAUGCAUCAUUCUGGCAUGAAAGAAAAUGCUUUUUUGAAGGAAAAAUGGGAGACCAUCACCAAAGACAAUAUUCCAAUAAGAAAUUAUUCAGUAGAUGUCACAUGGAGCCUGGUGCUCCCCAUUGCACUUCUGAUCCUACUGACAUUUCUUCUCUCCUUUAUACUUUGUUUCUAUCAUGAUGGCAUAUAUGAUCAGGCCAGUGAAGAUUUUUUCAGUAACUUAUUUCAUAUUUGCACAGAUAUGUUCGACAGAUACAGGGAUGAAUACCCCAAUAAGAUGCAAACACCUGUGUGCCAUAAACCCGCUGUACUGAGUGGAUAUAAACCUUCAAGUAAUUUAAUUAAACUAUCCCCAGAUCCAGCACUGGGUUCUCGUAGUCAUACCAACAGCCCUAGCUCCACAAUAAAUAGAGGAGUCCAUUGCAGACCCAGUCCACCACCUUAUAUGAGACCCAGGUUCAGAACAGAUGUCCCCCAAGAUGAACAAAUCUCAGAUGAGAAGAAUUGGUAUUGCUGAAGCAGCAAAAUUGGUGUUUACAGUCAUUUCAUCAUUGGCAAUAGCUGCGAAUUUGAUGUUAGAAUGACAAUAUGAUAUACUAAUAGCUGCUAUUUGGUUCUAGCGUUAUUCAAUUUAAGGAGGCUCUUAGAAGUGAAAAAGAUCCGCAGUUGCGUUGAAACCACAAAAACAUAAUUUGGACCGAUUCAUUUAUUUUAUAAUCUGGACAUAUCAAAGAUUCCGGGAAAGGCGGUAUGAAUUGGUCUGGAAUGAAUGAAAAGAAAGGAAAAUGCUGUUUCUGUUAUGAGAAAAUUUCAAUACUAUAUAAUUAAAUAAUAUAUACUGAAAAACUGA